UCUCUCUCUCUCUCUCUCUCUCUCUCUAUAUAUAUAUAUAUAUAUAUAUACACACACAAUCUAUGCCAAGGCAAAAGCAUAUUCACAGACAUCCAUCCAAAAUUGCUCAUGGGGAGUUUGAUGAUGAAGAAGGUGUUAUUCAUAUUCUUGAUUGUUGCUGGAUCAAUCUCAUGUUCUCUUGGAGCUGAAUUUGAAAGAUUGGCUUGGGGAAAGGGAAGGAAAGAGAAAAUCGCUUGUCAACUUAUUAGAAAAGCGAAUCCUAGGAGGAGUAGCUACUUCGCUUGUGAAGAUGUCAAGAGAAACCAUAUGAAUAUGUUGGGCAAGCACUCCACCAAAUAUGAAAAUCUGCCGCCUGCAGGUUCCCAGCAAAUUGUUGAUGCCAAUUUAAGAUCCAAUCGGAUGCCAAGACUACACAAACGACAACUAUAUCAAACGAUUGGAACUCCUCUUUUCUAUGGACGUAUUAAUCCUAAUCCUAGUGUCAGUGGUCCUGGUCCGCAUGGUUGAUUAUACGGUGUGGAGGAACAGUGUACGAUGAAAAUAAUGGCAUAGAAUCUAUAUACUGUAUUUGAAACUCCCAAUGAUCUAUAUCUAUGUAUUCCACAUGGAAAUAAUUUAGCACAAUAUAUGCCAAUUUAAAUGCAAAAAAUUUAUAUUUUGCAUAUAGAUAACUUUAUUGA